GUGUCGGACGAUCCCCGCGCCUGCGCUGCUGCGUCUGCCGCACUCACCGCCGCCAGAGCCCGACUGAAAUCACAGACACGGGGCCUUCCUCGCCUGCAUCCCUCCAUCCAGCGCUCAUUCCCAGGGGAGGGGGGAGUAUCCGAGAAUCUGUCUGGAACAACGAAGAAGUUGCCGGACAUCGACCGCGUGUAAUUCAGGGGUUUCACCUCCUCAGCUGAACUGAGAGCAUCAAACUUGCAGCAAUGGAAAGAAAGCGUCCGGGGAUGACUUCAGGGGCACGGAUGCCCCAUCAAGGAGCUCCCAUGGGGCCUCCUGGACCUCCAUAUGGAGGAACACCGCCAAUUCGACCAGGGAUGCCUAACCCAGCCCUAGACCCCAACCGAAAACGCCCCGCCCCGACCCAGCCCGUGCAACCUCCCCCUGUCCAGAACCGUCCCAGAAAGAAACCACUUGGAUUUCCAGCAACAAAUGAGAUAUCUGCGAGACAGAUGGACAUGAGAGAAGCCCAGUCAGAUCCUGCAAUUGGAUCCAAUGCCAAGAGAAGAAAAAUGGCAGACAAGAUUCUCCCUCAGAGGGUGAGGUCCAUCAUUGUGGCUUUUAUUUGUUUGUCUGUGUUUGUUUAUUCAUCUCUUAAUUUUCAGCGCCAAGUCAAGAGUGAUUGCACGGUACAGAUCCGUGAACUGGUGCCAGAGUCCCAGGCGUACAUGGACCUCCUGGCUUUUGAGCGCAAACUUGACCAAACCAUUAUGAGGAAGAGGGUGGAUAUACAGGAAGCCCUCAAAAGACCAAUGAAGCAAAAGCGGAAGCUACGCUUGUACAUUUCGAACACUUUCAACCCUGCCAAACCUGAUGCAGAGGACUCUGAGGGCAGCAUUGCAUCAUGGGAGCUGCGUGUAGAGGGCAAGUUAUUGGAUGAUCCUGGAAAACAAAAGAGGAAGUUUUCGUCUUUCUUUAAAAGCCUUGUUAUUGAGCUGGACAAGGAUCUGUACGGCCCUGAUAACCACUUAGUGGAGUGGCACCGCACCCCUACAACCCAAGAGACAGACGGCUUCCAGGUGAAGAGGCCCGGUGAUGUGAAUGUGCGCUGUACCCUCUUGCUCAUGCUGGAUUACCAGCCUCCUCAGUUUAAGUUGGAUCCUCGCCUCGCACGUCUCCUUGGCAUCCACACUCAAACCCGCUCCUGCAUCAUCCAGGCAUUAUGGCAGUACGUCAAGACCAACAAGCUGCAGGAUUCUCAUGAAAAGGAGUACAUCAACUGUGAUAAAUAUUUCCAGCAGAUCUUCGACUGUCCUCGUCUAAAGUUCUGUGAGAUCCCUCAGCGACUAACCAACCUGCUGCUGCCGCCUGAUCCUAUUGUGAUCAAUCAUGUUAUCAGAAGAUCAUUGUGUGACGCUCCAAAAAGGACAAAAAGCAUUAUAAGUGUGGAUCCAAAUGACCAGAAGAAGACAGCCUGCUAUGACAUUGAUGUUGAAGUUGAUGAUCCCCUUAAGAGUCAGAUGAAUGGAUUCCUGCUGUCCACAGCCAAUCAACAAGAGAUUGCAUCCCUAGACAACAAGAUCCAUGAAACUAUCGAGUCCAUCAACCAACUUAAGAUCCAAAGAGAUUUCAUGCUUAGCUUCUCCAGAGACCCCAAGGGCUACAUCCAGGACUGGAUCUGCUCCCAGAACCGGGAUCUUAAGCUGAUGACGGAUACAGUUGGAAAUCCAGAGGAAGAGAGGAGAGCGGAGUUUUAUAACCAGCCCUGGUCUCAGGAAGCUGUCAGUCGCUAUUUCUAUUGCAAGAUUCAACAACGAAGACAGGAGCUUGAACAGGCUUUAGCAAUGCGAACCACUUAAAACUCAACUGGUCUGUUUCUCCUGUGGCUUGGUCUCCACACUGGCAGUUUUCAAUGGACAUGAAAGUAUUAGACGCCUUCUCAGUAUGGAGGUUUGGACUGAUUUUAACCAAUGAGGCUGUAAUAAGAGUCAAGGAAAAGUGUAAUGUACUCUUAUUUGUUGUAUGUUUAAUGUACAGUUGAAUGUAAAUAACCUCACAGUACAAUGAAUUUAAGAAUGUGGCUUGAAAAUGACACUUUCAUGCUGAUUACACACAAGUACAGCGGCUAUUGUAAUUGUGUUUAUCAGUUUUUUGAUGCACAUGAGGUGCAGAUAGGCUACUGUGUGUCUUUUCAAUUAGAAAAGGUAAAAAAUACAAUGAAUGAAACUUUAUGAUGCCUGAAAAACUUUUUUAACCAUUAAUGACAUGCUUAAUGUUAAUAUGUAAGUACACAUAUUGAAUCUGUCAUGUUUUUUCUACAUGUUUGAAUAUUGCAUCACGUUCUGCUUGCAGCUUUCUUCUGUGUUUUUUCUGUAAAUUUGCACUGUGCAAAAAGAGAUCAUGAAGAAAUCCACUGGAUUAAGAUAAGCAAGCUAACUUUAUUUGCAAUAAGUGACAUUUAUUGUCACAAUUUUGAUACGUUCUACAUAUGGAAAUUAAAGGUGCAAUUUGUUGGAUUAUUGCUGUAAAAUAUCCAAAAACCACCAGGCCAGUGUUAUAUAUUUUG